CGCGGUGAAUGGAGCCGCUGGGGCCGCCCGGCCGCGCUGCCCCCCCACGGAGCCGGGCCGGGAGCGCCUCCGGCGGCCGCGGCGGGGUAGUCCAGGCCCCUCCGUCAGGCUUGCGGUUUGGGAAGAAAAGGCGAUGCCUCCGCCAAGAAAAGAGCGAGCGCGGCCCCCUCCCCCCUCCGCCGAGCCCGGGCGGCGGCGGCGGCACAUCUAACGCGCGGGCACCCGGGCCGCCGCGGCCCCCGCAAAUAAACCCAGCCUCGGCCCCCGCCGCUCAUUGGCGCGGGCCGCAGCCAGCGCACCCAGACCCUGCGCUGCCCUCGGACCGGGCACGGAGCCCCAGCUGCGGAGGCCGACGGCACCCGGCCCCGAGCGCCUCGACGCCCAGCCGCGCGCGCCUUCUCCGCCAGGCCCGACGGACGGGAGCGGGGGCGAGGGAGCAGGAGCGGCCAGUGCCCCCGGCACCCCCGGCCCGGCACCCCCGGCCCGGCAUCCCCCGCCGCCGCCGACUCAAGGCCGCCCGCUCCCCGCAGGUGGACGCGGCCAUGGGCCGAGGGGUGCGCGUGCUGCUGCUGCUGGGCUUGCUGCACUGCGCCGGGGGCAGCGAGGGCAGGAAGACCUGGCGGCGCCGGGGUCAGCAGCCGCCUCCUCCCCCGCGGACCGAGGCGGCGCCGGCGGCCGGACAGCCGGUGGAGAGCUUCCCGCUGGACUUCACGGCCGUGGAGGGCAACAUGGACAGCUUCAUGGCGCAGGUCAAGAGCCUGGCGCAGUCCCUGUACCCCUGCUCGGCGCAGCAGCUCAACGAGGACCUGCGCCUGCACCUCCUGCUCAACACCUCGGUGACCUGCAACGACGGCAGCCCCGCCGGCUACUACCUGAAGGAGUCCAGGGGCAGCCGGCGGUGGCUCCUCUUCCUGGAAGGCGGCUGGUACUGCUUCAACCGCGAGAACUGCGACUCCAGAUACGACACCAUGCGGCGCCUCAUGAGCUCCCGGGACUGGCCGCGCACUCGCACAGGCACAGGGAUCCUGUCCUCACAGCCGGAGGAGAACCCCUACUGGUGGAACGCAAACAUGGUCUUCAUCCCCUACUGCUCCAGUGAUGUUUGGAGCGGGGCUUCAUCCAAGUCUGAGAAGAACGAGUACGCUUUCAUGGGCGCCCUCAUCAUCCAGGAGGUGGUGCGGGAGCUUCUGGGCAGAGGGCUGAGCGGGGCCAAGGUGCUGCUGCUGGCCGGGAGCAGUGCGGGGGGCACCGGGGUGCUGCUGAAUGUGGACCGUGUGGCUGAGCAGCUGGAGGAGCUGGGCUACCCAGCCAUCCAGGUGCGAGGCCUGGCUGACUCCGGCUGGUUCCUGGACAACAAGCAGUAUCGCCACACAGACUGCGUCGACACCAUCACGUGUGCGCCCACGGAGGCCAUCCGCCGUGGCAUCAGGUACUGGAAUGGGGUGGUCCCGGAGCGCUGCCGACGCCAGUUCCAGGAGGGCGAGGAGUGGAACUGCUUCUUUGGCUACAAGGUCUACCCGACUCUGCGCUGCCCUGUGUUCGUGGUGCAGUGGCUGUUUGACGAGGCACAGCUGACGGUAGACAAUGUGCACCUGACGGGGCAGCCGGUGCAGGAGGGCCUGCGGCUGUACAUCCAGAACCUCGGCCGCGAGCUGCGCCACACGCUCAAGGACGUGCCGGCCAGCUUUGCCCCCGCCUGCCUCUCCCAUGAGAUCAUCAUCCGGAGCCACUGGACGGAUGUCCAGGUGAAGGGGACAUCGCUGCCCCGAGCACUGCACUGCUGGGACAGGAGCCUCCAUGACAGCCACAAGGCCAGCAAGACCCCCCUCAAGGGCUGCCCCGUCCACCUGGUGGACAGCUGCCCCUGGCCCCACUGCAACCCCUCAUGCCCCACCGUCCGAGACCAGUUCACGGGGCAAGAGAUGAACGUGGCCCAGUUCCUCAUGCACAUGGGCUUCGACAUGCAGACGGUGGCCCAGCCGCAGGGACUGGAGCCCAGUGAGCUGCUGGGGAUGCUGAGCAACGGAAGCUAGGCGGACUGUCUGGAGAAGGAGCUGGCACUGAGGGACCCAGACACCCGCUGCCCCAGUGCCACCUCACCCCUCACCAGCAGGCCCUCCUGUCUCUUCAGGACAGGGCCCCAGCCAUCCCCCUGUCUGGGUCUGCCCACUGCCCUCCUGCCCCGGCUUUCCCUGCCCCUCUCCCACAACCCAGCCAGAGACAAGGGACUUGCUGUCAUCCCCAGCUGUGGCCUGGGGGUCCUUCCCGACGACGAGGGGGUAGCCAGAAGAGAAGCACUGGAUUCCUCAGUCCACCAGCUCAGACAGCCCCCACCUGGCCCCACCCAUCAAGCCCUUUUAUAUUAUUUUAUAAAGUGACUUUUUUAUUACUUUAAUUAUAAAAAAAAAGGAAAAUAAGAAUAUAUGAUGAAUGAUAUUGUUUUGUAACUUUUUUUUAAGUGAUUUUAAAAAAAGAGACAAAAAAGAACCUCA